AUGCGAUUGUUGCUCGUGUUUGCUCUGGCCGCAUUCCUUGCGCCUGGAUUGUUUGUCACCGCACAAACCUCAGUUCCCGGACGCCAUGAGCUUAACAACCUUCGAGAAAGAGAGGCCACUCCGAGCACGGCAACUGCCAGUGAAACCUUCAGUGACACAGCAUCACCAAGCGUGACAGAAUCGGCGAUAACACACAGCAAUUCCACGGCGUCUUCGAAUGCAACCCUCCCGGCAUCCACAACUACAGCAUCCUUGAAUACGUCUCAGGCAUCGAAAGAUGGCAAGAACUCAACCAGCCCCGAUGCCCUUCCUAUCCAGCCCACAGUUACACCUGCUCUGGGAAUCGGAGGUUUCAUUCUCAUCGUCGCAGGCGCUGUCCUCGCAGUGAUAGGCAUUCGGAAUCUGAGGGUACAAGUCUUCCUAUCCACAGCUUUUCUGACUAGCCUUGGGGUGACGGUACUUAUUGUCCAUGUGAUGAGCCCUCCUGUCCGAGUUGCUGUCCAGGGGGCGUAUCUUGUUGCUGUAUUUUUCACUGGCAUUACAUUCGGCGCGCUUGCGAUUGUUUUUAAAGAGUUGACCGAAGGCCUUGGAUGCCUACUUGGGGGCUUUUGCAGUAGCAUGUGGCUGCUUUCUUUGAAACCGGGGGGUCUUCUCACCACCACUGAUUCCAAGAGUGGGUUCAUUGGCGCAAUCUCAGUUGCCUUCUAUGCCUUGUCAUUCAGCCAUCAUACACGUCCUUACGGACUGAUCGUGUCAACGGGUAUUUCUGGAGGCACCGCUGUUGCGCUUGGAAUCGAUUGUUUUAGUCGGGCAGGGUUGAAAGAGUUUUGGCUCUACAUAUGGGGCCUGAACGACAAUAUCUUCCCAUUAAACACGAAUACAUACCCAAUCACCCGUAAUAUUCGUGUGGAGCUUGCUGCUACAGUUAUCAUUGCUAUCUUGGGCGUAGUCUCACAACUGAGGCUAUGGAAAGUGGUUCGUGAACGUCGACGGAAGGAGAAAGAGAAGCGCGACGAAGAGCAGAAGAAGAAGGAACAAGCCGAGGCCGAACUUGGACGAAAGCUGGAAGAGGAUAAUAUGCAAGAGCGGAAAGAGUGGGAAGCGAGAUAUGGUGGUGCUGAGCCAGCCGCGGGCGUUUCGGAACUCGCAGAUGGCGCAAAAUGCCAGGCAGACGAGAUGGAUGCUAUGGAGAAGGGAGACGCCUAUGAAUUGAAAAGCAUAGCCGAGACAUCCGAAGGCUCCUACCGCUGUUCCGAUUGCAGAGAAAGAGAGGCAAACAGCGAUGCUGGGUCAGAUGUGACGGGAGCGACUGAAGGCGACUUCGACCACGGACCAGCUGGAACGGCCAAAGAAAUAUCAGAUAAGUUGAAGGAGGAAAGUGGCCCACUUCCGAUCAAGGUCUUUGACGGCGCAGCUGCAGCCAAAAUAAAGGACGAUAAAAGUUCUGAUAUGACGGCCGUCAUUGGUUCAGAUACUGCUACGAUACGCUCAAAGCGACUUUCCGGACCAUCGUGCAUGCCACGGACUUCUCGAAACGACGAAUUGCCCAUGUCUCAGUCUCAAGAGGCCCUGGUGUCCGUUGACGAUGGUACUUCAUCCGUGCAUGGCACCGUAGACGAAGGCGGCAACCUAGACUCAGAUUGCCCUACUGUUCACGAUGAUAGCGGUGGAGUUACGGAGAAAGUUCCAGAGUCGGACGAGAAGCGUUACAUCGACGAUAACGAACAGCAGCAGGCAGAAUCUAAGUACCAGCCCCAAGGCAGACCGUCAUCAAUAGAUAAGAAGUUUCGUGUGAGAAGCACUCAGAAAGAAAGCGAGGAACCGCCCACGGCAGCCACCGAAGAAAAACUUGGAAAAUAUGAGACCAAAGGGGGCCUCGACGCAAAAUCGCAUACCGCAGCUUCGGAGAUGUCAUUGACAAUGGUCAACCGACAGAGUAAUGGAAGUUCUGGACAUGACUCUGACAUGGUCCAAGGCGAAGAAAAACUUGAAGGACCCUCGUCAACCCAGGGUGAAUGUCUAGGCGAGUCAGCUGUUGAGGAAGGAAGACAACAGGGAGAUGCCACCAGAGACACAGAGACUGCAGCAACUGACUUGGAAGAUCACGAUCGCGAUAAAUCCCACUCCGGAGGUCAUGAGAAGACUGACAUCACCGAUAGUCAAGAUCAGAAACCUCAUGCAGAGAAUCCAUUGCCGCCGUUGUCUCAGAGCGGGAAUGGAAACAAGAGGGUAGCCUCCCACGACAAACGCAAAUCUCCAGAGCCACAACCCAGAAUUGAGCCGGAGCCGAUCAAACAUGAACCUCCCAAGUUGAGCGAAGAUACUGUAAGGGAACUGCCUAAGCGGACAUCUAAAGUGGUACAAUCCUAUCGAACAAAUGAGUGGGCAAAACACCUGGCCGACGCUGAAGCUCCUGAGUUGGAACCUAUCAAGCCGAUCGAAGAAGAGCAACCAGAGCAUUCUCCUGAUGCGGAGGAGGCUGCAGUACCUGUCAACGUCCAAGAACUACUGCAAACACCGUUCAAUGCACAGCCUCCUCCAGCAGUAGAGCCCCGUGUCCAAGAUAUUCCAAGCAGACGUGAGAGUCGACGUGUGUCCAGCGGUUCUCAUAUGGACCUGAUCAAGAAGAAGACGCCCCACUCUCCUCCUCAAAGUGCACAGCCGCACUUCAGCAAUGAUGGAUAUCAUAUGAAUCCGCUGCUCGGGAGUCCUGCGGUUCUAGAAUCACCCCAGGACGAAACAGAGGCUGCUAAACCCCAGUGGAGAGGUCCCCUGCCCCUGAUAGCUGUACGAGAGGACAUGAUGCGAAACAGGCUAUCUUCAUUUUCACUAAGCAUGGAUCCGUACUCACGAACUAGUCCCGGGCAAUCGCCAGUCGAAAAUUUGCAGCGAUCGUUUUCAUACCGAGUCCAUGACGGGGCAGAUGACAUGCCGCUGUCCCAACGUCGCGCAAUGUUAUCCCAGCAAACAGUCAUGAGCCCACCUCCAGCGCAUACUCCCUAUUCAACUUCAAGGCGGAACCAUGCAAGCGGGCCUUCCCCGACCAAUACACCAGCCGCGAUGGCAGCAUGGCGGGAAUCUGUUCAAGAGGACCUUAGAGAUAGGCGUAACCCUCUCGGCAAACAAAGCAGCUCCAUGGUCCCUACAGAUCCCCAGGACCGGAACCCGCCAGCUUAUACUCAGUCGCAACAGCGACCCUCUUCAAAUCAUAUUGGGAAUGCAAUUGCCGAGGGCAUGCAACGAGGGGACAUGAGCGACCUGCAUCGCGAAGCCAUGCGACGGAUGCAAGCCAAGGCAAACAAAACCGUAAAAGGGGCGUGA